CGCCGCUCUGAGACUGGCGGCCUCGUGGAGACUCAAACAAUUGUGUUUAUAGCUAGGUUCUGCUCUGCUGGUCGCUUCGUUGCGGCUGAUGCGUUUGUGCUAAUGAUAGCGGGAAGGACUUUUUUCAUUUUGAGGCGUUACAUCUUUCUCAACUGAAGAGAAUGCCUUCGGGUAGACGUACCUUUGAAUCUCGCAUUCGCAUCCGGAACAAACCCAUUCUUCCUCCCCUGAUGAAUGAGAGGAAGAGGGAUGAAAUGAGGGAAUGGCGCAAGAAGGCAUCAGAUCGAGUACAAGUUGUACCACCUAGAGGCAAGUGCUGCAGUGAGCAUGAAGAAAAUUCCAGUGCAAUGUCCUCUUCUCUUUCAACUGAAAUUUCAAUAUUGUCAUUGAGAGAAGAUAAAUCUACCCUGUCAUCAUCUGCUGUGAGACACGCAGCUGAUUCUGCUUCAGAAACAACACCAGUAGAUCAGACCUCAGGUACAAAGAGUACUCCUCCAUCAUCAGAGACAGGCUCACAUCGAAUUCGUCGCUCGUCAUUCACUCUUGAACAUCCGAGUCCUGCACUCCAGCGAUUUUUAGAGAAACGAAGUCAUGAGUCUCAAUCCAGUGACCAGUCAGUGACAAGUGAUGAGGAUCAUCACAUCUCUGUAUCAAGUGCUAUGGAGAAUGAUUCCUUCCACUUUCAAAAUGUUUCACAGACACCUGUGACAAGCGAAGAGGAAGAAACUCUACGAUUGUGCCUUUCCCCUUCUCUUGGAGUUGAGCAAGACCAUCUCUCAACUGGAGAGCAUGAGUGCUGUGAAAUUCCUCCUGAAUAUUUGACUUCAGUUGAAAAGGUGGAAGGUUUGGAUGAAAGUAUCUCUCAAGAUGUUCCUUGCAUUUUACCUCUGGUUGAUUCUGCUGAUGUUUCAAAGGGCUCUGAUCACAAUGACGAAAGUGAGCUCUCUCCGUAUCAUCCACCCGCCUCAUCAUGUUCAGAAGCAUGUGAAAUCAAGAAGUCUGACACACUGCCAUCUGACAUCAAAUGUGGGAACACAGCUUUAAAUGAUUCUGUCUUUGUCUCUGAAAUGAGGCCAGACUCUGUCACAGAUUCAAGUCUUCAUUCUUCCUCUAUCAAAAGUUACAAUGAGAAGAAUGCAGGAGAAGGCAAUCCUUCCCCCCGGUUACAAAGUCUGGAAGAGCUGCUUAGUGAUGUGAAUGUAACUCCAAAAUCCAAAAAUAAAUUGAAGCAUCAAGGUGAACGAGUCUGGACUCUUUCCAAGGAACUUGAAGAGCAGCAUGCCUUAGAAUUGCAAUGGCUUCAAGAGCGACAGAGAAAGGAGCAGGAAAAACUGAGGAAGCAGUUUGAGGAGGAGGAGAGAAGACUUCUUGCUGAAAUGAAUAAACUGACAGGAGAUAAGAAGGGUUUGAAAUUAAUACAAAAACUAUGCGCAGUUCCUCUUUCUCAACAUCAUAAGGAUGUUUCAGGAUGGGAUUCUUCCUCUUCACUUCCUUCACAUGUCUCCGCGCACAUGAAUGGCAUGAAGGUUCCUUCACCAUUGAUGAACAAAAUCCAAGAGAUGAAACCAAAAGUGAGGAUGAAGAUAGGGGCUUUGGUCAAAGGAUACCUGGUGCGCCGACUCCUGAAGACGGAGCGUGUUCAGAGCAUGAAGAGCAUGCUGAAGGAGAGUGUUCAAUUGUGGCUGAGGCUUCAACAAGAAUCUCUCCACUUUCGGGGGAUAAAAGAGGACAAUGAUGCCUUCCUCAGGAGACAGCUUCUUGCUGAGGUGGAGAGGUGUCAACAGAGCUUGUAUGAGAUUUUCUUUGAAUUGGAGGCAAGCGAGCGCAUGGCCAUGAUCUCAAGAGACCGAGAAUCCAAGGCCAGGAAACGAGUCUCUGCUGUUUCUUCUUCAUCCUCAUCACCAACAUCCCAACCCAGGCGUAUUUCGUCUGCAUCUUUGAAGAGGAGAUCUCGGUUGAUGGUUCAUCCUCUGAGUAGAAAAUCUGGAGUGAAAGUGAAACCCAGGCGCAGUCCAAAAAAUUUCAGUCCAAAGCAGAAGAAACUAACUCCACGUGGAUUUGCCAGCAAAGAAAGCGUGGUGAAGCAGCUGUUUGGGUCGAGCGAGCGUCCAGGUCGGCUGAAUGUCGCCGAUGUCGGUGCUGUGAUGGACGUUUACUGAGGGCAAUGAUCUCACUUUUUUUUCGAUGCGGAAAUUGUGGUAAUUAAUAGAAAUAAAAUGACGUGAUGCAGCUUUCGAA